CUUCCGUGCCUUCCUUCUUCUCCUCCUCCGCUUUGCUCUGCUUCUUCCUCAGGGCUGCAGAGUAAGGAGGCCGGGCUGGAGAGGAAGUCAAGUAUGUCAUAGCAGGGGAGGAGGGUUUCCACGACUGCUAGUUUUACAGAGGAAAACUCAACCCAAGCACCAAAGCACACACACAGCAAGAGAGCGGAAGAACAGAAAGGCAUUCCUCGGGGGAGCUGAGCUCUCAGAGCCGUGAAGCUUCGCUUGGCCGGUACCUCAGUGGCUGGAGAUUCAAGGUCAACAUGGCCAUGCCAGAAAAGUCAAGUUGUGUCAAACCAUCAGAGGAUUGCAGCAAGUUUCCUGAGAUUAUUGAACUCAAUGUAGGUGGCCAGGUAUACAUAACUCGCUACCCUACUCUGAUCAACAUUCCUGGUUCCCGGCUCUGGGAAAUGUUCAGUGGAAAGAACCCUUGCUCUCUGAUCCAGGACAACAAAGGGAGAUUCUUCAUAGAUCGAGAUGGUUUUCUCUUUCGUUAUGUCCUAGACUACAUGAGAGAUCUGCAGGUAGUGCUUCCUGACCACUUUCCAGAGUGUGGCCGGCUCCAUAGGGAAGCGGAAUACUUUAAGUUGCCAGAACUGGCCAAGAUGUUGGCCCUUAAAAUGAACAAGCUCAGCUCAGUUGGCAACGACUCAUGUCAAAUUGAUCUGGAAGAGCUUUCCCCCAGCAUUGACACCACUUUUAAUUUCUCUUCAACUAAUAGCAUUCAUAUCAGUGGCCCUGAUAAUUCCAUGGUUCUGACAGCUGCCACUGGUUCUGAGCUCAAGAAGGCUGGCUUCAUCACUAUUGGCUAUCGAGGCUCCUAUACUCUGGGCAGGGACAGCCAAACAGAUGCCAAAUUCCGCCGUGUGGCCAGAAUCAUGGUGUGUGGUAAGAUCUCAUUAGCCAAAGAAGUGUUCGGCGACACUCUGAAUGAGAGCAGAGACCCAGACCGCCCUCCUGAGAGAUACACUUCUCGAUACUACCUCAAAUUCACUUUUCUGGAACAAGCCUUCGACAAACUAGCUGAUGCUGGCUUCCACAUGGUAGCAUGCAACUCCACUGGCACCUGCACUGUCACACACGACCAAACAGAUGACAGGAUCUGGACCUCUUACACUGAAUAUGUUUUUUAUCGUGAGUGACACUUAAAAAUCACCCAGGAAAUACAAACACCCAAACAGUCACCCUCCUCUGUUCCCAUACCAACUGUAUCCUUUAGAAACAGGCACACUAGUCCCUCUAGGCUCCUGAGUGUUCUGUAUAAUCUUGGACAAUGCCACUUCUCUCAUCACAGCCACUUGAACCUUUGCUGGUUUUCUUCUUAUUCAUCAUUCCAGUCUGUCUGUAUACCAACCUUCUCUGGCUGUGGAGGGGAUGCCAUGCAAUGAAAGGUGUACAUCAGGAUAGAUAGGAGAAGUGUAUUUCUGGAGUGAAUGCAAUUAAAUAUAACCACAGAGCUAAAAGCAUUGAGAAAUAUUAAGCCAUGGCUUCCAAGCUGUUUCUUAAUAACACACAUUGACCUUGAUUAUGUACCUUGCAACUUGUAAAACUCUGUAUUGCUGAGCGACAGAUUACAGUAGGAAGUGUGCAUGUGCUUUGCAGACAUUUUACCAUGCUGAGUAGAACUUGACAACAGUCCUGUAGGAGGUUCAUAGAAAUGUCGACCGAUUCCAAAAUUACUAAGGACUUUUGAUAGAAGCUAGGCAAACAAUUGUAUGACUAUUAUUUCUAAGAAUAAAAGGCUUAGCACUUAAUUUGCUUUCACGUAAAGAAAAUAGUAAGGAGGCGUAUCAUAGCUAUUACCUCUGUCAUGAACAGCGGUGCCAUUAAAAAAAAAAAACUGUCCUAAAAUAGCUUUCAUUAGAAUUGAAGGCAAGCAUAUGCAGGGAAGAGAAUGAUGGGCAAAAGGUUGCUUUGUGUAAGUAUAUGCAUAUAUUAGUUAGUUGGCUUUUCACUAGUCAAAUAAUUGGCUGUACCUAUCAACUGUUCACUUGUUUAUGUUUUUUGACAGGGUGUGAGUGUGUGGUUCGUUUUUCUGGAGGUUGGGAUGGGAGAAGGGGAGAAGAAAGAAGGGAAACAAGGAAAGAACUAAAAAAAAAAAAAAGAAAACCCUGAAAUUAAUCUUCUGACUCCCUGCUGGUGACUUUUUAACCAAACAGGUAGAAAGCAAGUGUUCAUCCUCAUAUGAAAACAUCAGGGAUCUAAGAUAAGUGAUUGAAUUACGAAAGACUAUAAACCAAGUCAAGAAAAAGAGUUUGUUAGGGCUCAUUUCAAAGGAUCUUCAUCGCCCUUGUGAAAAGUUUUCCAGCAACGGAACGCAAGUCUGAUAGCCUUGUCUCUCUUUUAUUCUGCACUUAUUUUACUCUGCAAAUCAUUACUGUUCUCACUGUCUUUUAAUUCAGUUUCUAGUCAGGUCUUUUUGAGUUGUAAAAAACUAAAACCCACAUAAAGUAGCUUGAAAAAAAAAGAUUUAAAAGGAGGUUGGAAAGAUGGCUCAACAAUUAAGAGCACUGGCUGCUCUUCCGGAGGACCCAGGUUCAGUUCCUAGCACCCAUAUGGCAGCUCACAACUGUCUUAAACUCCAGUUCCAGGGGAUCUGGCACCAUUACACAGACAUACAUCCAGGCAAAAGACCAACGAACAUAAAAUAAAAGUAAAUAAAUCUUUAAAAAGACUUGAAAAUGUGCAUAUGUCAGUGGUGUGGCUGAGUAUUUUAAGCUCACAUUUAUUAUAUUUUUUCUGUUGAGUCUAAAGGAAGGAAAUGUAGUCAAAUAAAGUUUCAGAGGGUCUGGAGAGCUGUCAAUAGCUGAUAUUCUCUGUUGUCUCUCAAGGGCCAUAUGAUUUUCCUCUGAUCAUCUCCAGGGCUCGUUAAUUUUAUAUUUCUCCAUGCGGUCCACUUUCUUUUCCACAAUUUAUAGCUGGCCUAAACAGUAUGUCAUUGCACAUGAAUUUGAAGCCAUAUUCUCCAUUCUUUUGUUGUUGUUAUCAUUUUGGUUUUGGUUUUUUUGAGACAGGGUUUCUCUGUGUAGCCCUGACUGUGCUGGAACUCACCCUGUAGCCCAGGCUGGCCUUGAACUCACAGAGAUCUGCCUGCCUCUGCCUCCUGAGUGCUAGGAUUAAAGAUGUGCACCACCCCUGCCCAGCUGUAUUUCUUUAUACACAUAUGUAUGUAAAUAAAUAUAGAUGUAACAAUCCUAAUUAAAGAAGAUGACAUUAUGAACUUGGGAGGGAGUUGGGAAGAUACAGGAAGAGUUGGGGGGAAGGGAAAGGUGGGAAUGAUGUAAAUACAGUACUCAUGUAUGAAAUCUCAAAAAAAUUUAAAAAUCUGAAUAAUAAAGAUUAUAUAUACCCAG